CCUGAAUUAUCAUAGUAUUCUACCACUCUGAGAACUGAAUUCAUCUGUGUCAACUUCACGGGCAACGUUGUAAUAACAAAAAUUCUCUAUCAUUUUUAACUAAAAAGAGGACCAAAAAAAAAAAAAAAAAAGAAUCAAAAUUUCAGCCUUCAGGUUUUAAUUUUAUCCAUCCAUGGCUUGUCCUCCGAAAAAACCCUUAUCUCUCGUCUUUUGCGUGGUCUUGUUGAGCUGCUUCUUCUCUGGUUCUGUCUUAGCUUCUGAAACUUCCCCUUCGGAUACCAACAAAGUCGAAUUGGGUCUCUACUACGAGUCAUUAUGUCCGUACAGUGCCAAUUUUAUUGUCAAUUAUUUAGUUAAGGUCUUUGAAGAUGAUGAUCUCCUCUCCAUCGUUGAUCUCCAUCUUUAUCCCUGGGGUAAUGCCAGAAUCAGAAACGGCACCAAAGCCACCUUCGAUUGCCAGCACGGUCCAUCUGAAUGCUUGUUGAACACUGUGGAAGCUUGUGCUAUUGAUAUCUGGCCUGAAGUGAACGAACAUUUUCAGUUCAUCUACUGUGUUGAAACGUUGGUAUAUGAGCACAAGUACCCCGAAUGGGAAACAUGCUUUGGGAAACUGGGAUUGGAUCCGAAAGCCAUCUCUGAUUGUUAUACCAGUGGAACUGGGACAGAGCUUGAGUUACAAUAUGCAGCUGAAACCAAUUCCCUUGAGCCUCCUCAUCAAUAUGUACCCUGGGUAGUUGUGGAUGGACAGCCACUUUAUGAGGACUAUGAGAACUUUAUAACUUACAUCUGCAAGGCAUAUAAUGGCACUGCUCUACCUAAGGCUUGCAGCAAUAUAACCCUUAAUACAAUCCACAAGGAGAAGGCAGAGCCUACAGGCCCCGUUUGUUAUAAGGAGACAACAACAUGGUCCACUCAAAUUAGAUCGGCGAUAACAUCAUGGAUGCGUAAGGUGAACAUGGCAGUUUCAAUGUAGAUGUCUCUGUAGAUAAAAACAGUCAGCUUUGUUUCUUGACAUGUUGGGUACUUGUAAGCUCCUUGUCAAAUGGCAGUCCCCAAUAAGAUUUCAUGACUAACUCAUAUGUUGUUACUUAAACAACGCCUGAAUCAUAACUGAAGUUUCACUUCUUAGUUAA